UCCCCUUUAUGUGUUGUGGAGUUUUAAGAAAAUCUCUCACUUUCUCUUUCUCCCAAUUAUAAUAAGAAAACUUUCUUUCUUCCUUGUUUUUAUUUUUAAAAAAAUAUUUCAGUUUAGUACAUGGUUGAAGAUAUUUGAUAUAGCCUUCAUAUAUGUCACUCAUGUUCCAUCAUCAGCCAAGUGUUAGAAGUCACUUUCUUUAACAAGAUUUUCUUAAAAAAUAUUUAAAAACUUGAACUCCAAAAAAAAGAAGAAAAGGAGUGUAAUUUUCUUGAUUGGUUGUGAAAUUUAUGGCUAUGUACUAUCAAGGAGGCUCAGAAAUCCAAGCUGAUGGUCUGCAGACACUUUAUUUGAUGAACCCUAAUUAUAUAGGCUAUACUGACACACAUCAUCAUCAUCAACAACACCAACAACAAUCAGCCAACAUGUUUUUCUUGAAUUCUGUGGCGGCGGGGAAUUUUCCCCACGUGUCCCUCCCUUUGCAAGCACAUGCGCAGGGGCACUUGGUUGGAGUGCCCCUGCCAGCUGGUUUUCAAGAUCCUAACCGCCCUUCCAUUCCGGAAAUUCCGACCUCUCAUCAUGGCCUUUUAUCACGUUUGUGGACUUCUGGUGACCAAAAUACCCCUAGAGGUGGUGGAGGAGGAGGAGAAGGAAAUGGAAGUCAAUCACAUAUACCGUCUUCCACGGUGGUUUCUCCCAACUCAGGUAGUGGGGGAGGCACCACCACGGACUUUGCUUCCCAAUUAGGGUUCCAAAGACCGGGGUUGGUGUCACCAACACAGGCGCACCAUCAAGGUCUUUCUCUAAGCCUUUCUCCACAACAACAAAUGAAUUUCAGGUCUAGUCUUCCACUAGACCACCGCGAUAUUUCAACAACAAAUCAUCAAGUUGGAAUACUAUCACCAUCACCAUUACCAUCACCAGGAACAAAUACCAAUCAUACUCGAGGAUUAGGGGCAUCAUCGUCUUUUUCGAUUUCUAAUGGGAUGAUAAUGGGUUCUAAGUACCUAAAAGUUGCACAAGAUCUUCUUGAUGAAGUUGUUAAUGUUGGAAAAAACAUCAAAUUAUCAGAGGGUGGUGCAAAGGAGAAACACAAAUUGGACAAUGAAUUAAUCUCUUUGGCUAGUGAUGAUGUUGAAAGUAGCAGCCAAAAAAAUAUUGUUGUUGAACUUACUACAGCUCAAAGACAAGAACUUCAAAUGAAGAAAGCCAAGCUUGUUAGCAUGCUUGAUGAGGUGGAUCAAAGGUAUAGACAAUACCAUCACCAAAUGCAAAUGAUUGCAACAUCAUUUGAGCAAACAACAGGAAUUGGAUCAUCAAAAUCAUACACACAACUUGCUUUGCACACAAUUUCAAAGCAAUUUAGAUGUUUAAAAGAUGCAAUUUUUGGGCAAAUAAAGGACACAAGUAAAACUUUAGGGGAAGAAGAGAACAUUGGAGGCAAAAUUGAAGGAUCAAAGUUGAAAUUUGUGGAUCAUCAUUUACGCCAACAACGUGCACUACAACAAUUAGGGAUGAUGCAAACCAAUGCAUGGAGGCCACAAAGAGGUUUGCCCGAAAGAGCGGUUUCGGUUCUCCGCGCUUGGCUUUUCGAGCAUUUUCUUCAUCCGUAUCCCAAAGAUUCAGAUAAAAUCAUGCUUGCUAAGCAAACAGGGCUAACAAGGAGCCAGGUAUCAAAUUGGUUUAUAAAUGCUAGAGUUAGACUAUGGAAGCCAAUGGUAGAAGAAAUGUACAUGGAAGAAGUGAAGAAAAACAAUCAAGAACAAAAUAUUGAGCCUAAUAACAAUGAAAUUGUUGGUUCAAAAUCAAGUGUUCCACAAGAGAAAUUACCAAUUAGUAGCAAUAUUAUUCAUAAUGCUUCUCCAAAUGAUAUUUCUACUUCCACCAUUUCAACAUCUCCGACGGGUGGCGGCGGUUCGAUUCCGGCUCAGACGGUUGCAGGUUUCUCCUUCAUUAGGUCAUUAAACAUGGAGAACAUUGAUGAUCAAAGGAACAACAAAAAGGCAAGAAAUGAGAUGCAAAAUUGUUCAACUAGUACUAUUCUCUCAAUGGAAAGAGAAAUCAUGAAUAAAGUUGUCCAAGAUGAGACAAUCAAAAGUGAAAAGUUCAACAACACACAAACAAGAGAAUGCUAUUCUCUAAUGACUCCAAAUUACACAAUGGAUGAUCAAUUUGGAACAAGGUUCAACAAUCAAAAUCAUGAACAAUUGGCAACAACUUUUCAUCAAGGAAAUGGUCAUGUUUCUCUUACUCUAGGGCUUCCACCAAAUUCUGAAAACCAACACAAUUACAUUGGAUUGGAAAAUCAUUACAAUCAACCUACACAUCAUCCAAAUAUUAGCUAUGAAAACAUUGAUUUUCAGAGUGGAAAGCGAUACGCCACUCAACUAUUACAAGAUUUUGUUUCUUGAUGAUAUAUAUAAUUUCCAGGUAAAUCAACUUGAAAUUACAUCAUGAAAGGCCUUGAAUAAAAGAAGGGGAGUUGAGAUCUAGUGAUCAUAUAUAUAUGUAUAGGUAGAAAGUUUAGUUAGUAUAUAUAGGUUAUACUUCUAGUUUCUUAAAUGGAGAUACAAUUUUUGUUGUUGUUUUUGUAUUGAGAUAACUAGCUAGCUUGGGUUAUUUAAAGUUGUUGCAUGCAACCAAAGAAGAAGAAAAAAUAAUCUAUAUAUGCAAACUAUAGUAUGUUGUAAAUUUUGUGCUUCUUUUAAUUAGUUUCAAUUUGCAUAUAUGUAAACCAGGUGAUUGCAUAUAUCUUCUCUGAUUA